AUGGAAGACCAUCAAGUCGUGGAAGCUACGGCGGUUGAUGAAUCCACACCUCUGAAUACCAUUGGCCGGCCACUAGUGCUGAGGCGCACACCCAUCGAUCCUCCUCCGUUUCUGGACGUGUUAUCAUUUCACUCUAGCCGUUUGUUGCCUCAGUCGCGACAAGAGAUCGCACAGCAUGAUCUCCAGCACAAGAAUCCGACAUACUCCAGUCCCUUGAAUAGAAACAACUGGAAAAAUUGGGAGGACGCGGCUCAACUUGACGAAUUGCUGUCGUCUGUGCACCUCCUUCUAGAGCCCAUCCAGCUGCCCGAUUUGAGUCAUACCGGGAUCUUCGACCCUGCCACGUCCCUUCUACGACCAGUAACUCCUUCGUCGGUAGCAAAACCAGAGGUCGAGUCCACUACCAAACUGAAGCUGCGGAAGCUCGACAAGAGCGAUGAGAUCAAGCUCUUCUACCCCACGGGCGCUAAGAACGCCAACAUGCGCGACUACAUUAAAGAGACGAUACAAAAACAUUUUACGACGGAGGAAUCGACAAAUAUUAAGUCUCCUCUGAAGGCUUCUCUGGCCACUGGAGCUCUGCUGAACCCUCAUCUGACGAAACAAGCCAAAGAUGUCAUUGCUGCAGUUCGCGCAAAUUCGUCAAAGAUUAACGAACUCAUAUCGAAAUAA